AUGAUAUCGGUAAGAUUCUAUGGAACAAGAACAUAUCUUAUAGACAAAAGUCUUAUACCACUAGUUUUGUUCUGGAUUGACCCAGUUGUUGGAUAUAAUUUCAUAACAUAUGGUUCAUUCGAUACGGAACGUUGCAGUGAAGGCUUACUUUACAUUGUUCAGAAACCGAAGGACUUCAAUACAAAGAGAUAUAAGAUAGGAAGAACAUUUAAUAUAACUCAAAGAUAUGACAGUAUAGUCAAUAGAGUUAAGGUUGCGUUUGUUAACGAUAUGAGAGCUGCUGAAACAGAACUGCUUGAAAAGUUUGAGAAAAUGUAUGGUGCUCCCACGAAAGGUAAAGAAACGUUUGAAGUAGAUGAGAUAGAUAGUGCUAUAAAAUUAUUUGACGAAGUUGCUGAAAAAUACAUGUAA